AUGAAGAAAGUUCUAAACAAAUUACUUCAUUUUCCAGAUCAGCAGUUAAAGGAGGAUAGUCUACCUUAUAAAAUUGGCUCAAAUAUAACAAUAAAAGAAGAAUACAAUAAAUUCCUUGAAUGUCAAGAGUCUUCUGGAUAUAAAUAUCAACAAAGAGAUAAUGGUGAUGUAUUUAUAAUUGACAUGAGCAAUCCCAAACAUGGUUUAGUUGGUUUGUUGUUGCAACAUCAUUUCAAUGCUCCCAAUGCCAACUUUGAUUAUGACCCCCCAUAG